AUGGUGGACCUAUUAAACCUGCAAUGCAAGCAGUGUGGCAAGUGGUCCACUGCCGGUGCCGGCUACUUGCCCUCUUUUUCUCAAGAGCUCUACUGUCAGGAUUGCUGGAAGUUGCGGAACGAAGAGGUAUUGUCGUAUCCUAUUGAUCAGCUGGCUAACCAGCCUGCCCCUCAUUGGCUCCAGUUGUUGAAGGUCCCUCACCGGCCCUUGGUAAGAAACAAGGGGCCGUUUCCAUGGACAGAUCUUGACAUCAGAAAGAUAGAUGAGUCUUUGAGGUGCAGCAUUGAACAACUUUACGCGGAUGUUCAAAAUGAGCUUCCUUCGCACCCGGGCCAGAGAUGCCUCAGCGAAUUCUUUACAUCCCUUGCCGCUAGCACAGAGUUUCAGAUGCUGUGGGCUGGGGAGAGGAGAGGCCCAUUUGUUCUACCCACCCAUUUUGUUAAGAAUCUGCUUACUUUGGAUGAUAUCUUGCAUGGAUUGAGCGCACCAUCCGUCCGAAAACCCUGCGAGUCCGCGCUCACUCUCACUGAUGGGGCAGACUUUCGGUGUCCAAUCAGCUUGCCUCCAAUUCGACAUAUGGCAGAACUCUUGGACGUGCUGCAAUAUGGCACCAUUUUCUUAAACACUGCUUCGCUUCAUUGGACAGUUGCGGCUGAGCUGUGCUUGGCAGCCAACCGUGCCUUCCAGUUUCCCAGCAAUAUCAAUGUGUAUGUCACUGGGCCUGGUCGGUCGGUGUCGACGGAUGUUCAUACAGACAACCACGAUGUGCUCGUCCUUCAAAGCCAAGGUGCGAAGCACUGGCGAAUUUUUGCACCACCUCUUCGGAUGCCCCACUCCCAUCCACUGUUUCGGGGAAAGAAUGAUGACCGAUUGCUGGAUUCUGAGCUGCAUGAGCCACUCUUGGAUGUUGUCCUACACCCGGGUGAAGUCCUUUUCGUGCCGAUGGGAUUUCCUCAUGCCACAGGCACUGAAGGCACAGGGGGCACUGAAGUUUCCGUACAUUUUACGCUCGGCUUAUCAACCGCCGACUAUGACCUGUGCCUUGGUGGCCUCAAACAGUCCUUCCUUCAAGAAAUGGGUCUCACAAAAAAGGAGGAGAUGUCAGAGAAAUCCUGGUGGCAGCUCUUAUUGCCAAUUCCUGUCGGCUUUCUUGUGCCAGAAUGGAUUAGGGAGAGCGAGGCUCCUUCCCAAAGGUACAUCCAGGAGAUAGUGAAACAGCUGCUCGAGGUAUCAGCCGCGGAGCUCCUUGAAUCUGGAAAGUCCUUGGGAGAGAUCUCGGAGUGUGCCGAGCAAGUGGCGUCCAAGCGUUUGAUGCAACAAGUUGCUGUACUAAAUUCGCAGGAAGAGGCGUAUGAAGAGGUGAUCAAUUCUGGUGAUCGCAUUUUCUUCGCAGCAGGGCCUGAGCAAACUUGCAGUGAGUACAGACGAUCGAUGCUGCGCCACCAGAUAGCAGAGGAUGAGCGCAAACGUUGUGUCGCUGAUGCUUCAGAUCCGCGAUUCGUUAGGCGAAUUGACCCCAUGGAUGGAGUGGCCCGAACCUUCUCAGAGCUGCAGCGCGUGCAUGCGUUGAGCAUGGCGGAGAUGGACGUUUACUGGCAAAAGUGCGAGUCACUCUACCCGCAUGACCAGCCACCGGCUGAACUGCUUCAGGAACUUCAGCGGGCCAGCGAGACCUGCAAAGACUUGCUUUACUUCCUGCACAAGCGCACCCCUCAGCUGAAGAAAACUCGUGUGCAAAGUUUCGCUUCUCGCCGCUUGGCUGCACGAGAAAAGAGAGCACAACUAGCCGGCGUGUGUGGAAAUGCUGGUGAGCUGGAAGCACCAGCUGUCCAACAAGCCCUGAAGCUGCUGACCAACCUUCAAUCACAGGUUGCAGAGGAGGGAGCGGAUGCACAGAAAGUGUUCGAGGGAGAGAAGAAACUCUGCAGUGGGAGGUCCAGAGAACUGCGCCACAGCCAUAAUGACGUGAAGGCUGAAGUUGAAAAGUCAGAGGCCGACUUGGCACAGGCCGAGAUCGAGAUUGAAACCAUGAACACCAAGAUCGAGGAGUUGGCGGCUUCGAUUGCAUCAGGUGAAGCUGACCUCCAGGAGGCCCAAGGCAUCAGAGAUAAAGAGGCUCAGCUCUUCAUGAAGGAGGAGAAGGGCUUGGUCUCCACUGUGGAUGCCCUAGACCGUGCUUUGGCCAUAGUCGGCCAUGAGCAACGAAAAGUAUACAAGAGCCAAGCUCUCAUACAAAUGCAAGAUGGUGGUUCCACUUUAGUGGAAGCUUUGUCUGCAGUGGUGGAGGCAUCAGCCGUCAGCACGGCGGAUCACCAACGCUUAGUAGCACUCUUACAGAGUUCGCAGAAGGAUAUGGCCGCUGAGGACUCUGAAGAUGCUGAUGUUGAUGCAGCUCUGGGGGGCCAGCCUGGUCCACUCGCAUACCAGUCAAAAAGCGGCAACCUGGUCGCAGUAUUGAAUGAGGUCCUCGAGAAAGCGCAGGGUGAGUUGGAGAAACUCCGGAAAGAGGAGCAAGAUAGGUUGCAUAGCUUCCAGCGGCUUCAACAGUCUCUGGAAGCCAAACUCAAGUAUUCGAAGCGUGAUUUGGCAGCUGCACAGGAAAUGAAGACUGAAGCAGCUCAGAAAAAGGCUACAGCUGAAGGAAGCCUGGCCGAAGCAAAGAAGAGCAUGUUCGAAGCGGCUACAGCAUUGCAGGACUUGCAAGCUACAUGCUUGAAGAAAGCCUCGAAGUUCGAGGAGGACAUGCAAGCCAAGGCUGAAGAAGUGAAGGCCCUGGCUGAUGCAAAGGAUGCAAUCUCAGCAAAAAUGGGAGGAGGUGACGUGUCCUUCCUCCAGCUCGGUCGAGGCACUGCUCGGCUACCUGCAGACUCUGAAAGAGCGGCUGCUGCAGGUGCAGCUGCCAGGUCCGUGAGGCGCUUGGCCGUGAAGUUGGACUCGCCAUCGCUUGUAGAGUUGGCUGGCCGUUUGGACUACGCCGCUAGCAGGCGCAUUCACAGCGGUGCAGAUCCUUUCAGAAAGGUGAGAGGACUCAUUGAGGGUAUGAUUGAGCAUCUCCAAUCCGAAGCCCGAGCGGAAGCAGAUCACCAGGCUUUCUGUGACAAGGAGAUGUCUGUGACCGGAGUGAAGAGUGCCGACAAGCAAGAGGAUGUGGACAAGCUUGGGACGAAGAUCGAGCAGGCCAAAGCUCAGGCGGCUCACCUCACAGAGCUAACAAACACACUACGCCAGGAGCUGGCUGAUUUGGCAAAGACGCAGCUGGAAAUGGAGGAGGUCCGACAGAAAGAGAAAGCCUUGGCUGACAAAGCCCAGCUCCAUGCCAAGGAAGGGAUGGAGGGACUGCGUACGGCCUUGCAAGUGCUACGCACCUACUAUGCCAGAAUCGGCGAUCCAGUAGGCAGAGGCAAACAAGUUGUUUCUAUGUUGGAGUAUGCCAAGUCAGAUAUCCACAGGCGAGUCACUGUGCUAGAAUCUGAAGAGAAGUUGGCGGUCUCCGAGUAUGAGAAGAUCUCCAAAGACAAUGCCGUAAUGUCAGCGACGAAGCAGCAUGAAGUUGACAGCAACACAGCUGAUUUAACAGAGUUGAAGAAGAUGUUGAACGAGCUCAACUCUGACCACACAGCAGCGACUGAAGAGCUGGAGGCGCUCCAGGACUAUAUGGCGAAGCUUAAGGACCAAUGCAUUGCCAAACCUGAGCUGUAUGAGGAGAGAAAGGAGAAAAGAGAGAAAGAGAUCCAAGGCCUCAAAGAGGCUUUGGGUGCAUUGGAUGGCAGCCAACUGCAGAUGGCAGAAGCUCCAAUUCACAAUGUGUUCCUGCAGCUGAGGGGUAGCACGCGCCCUCAUUAG